AGGUCACAGCAGGCUCUGAGGUCACAGAGGUGCCAGAGCCCCGUGGUUGCACAGCACCACAAGGACCCAGCAGUCAGUCCUUGAGCACAACUGUUGCGGCAGCAGCGGCGGUGGCAGCAGUGGUGCUGACAUUGGGACAGCGGUGUCAGGACAGUGGUGGCAGCAAGAGCUGGGGGCUGGCAGAGGGCAAGGCACCAUGGCCCUUGCUCUGCGCCUCUUCCUCCCGCUCCUCCUGGCCGUGGCCCUGCCUGCCAGGGCUGCCCAGGCUGCUCCGCUGCAAGCGCGGGGAGCAGGUCCUUCUCCAUGGAAGAACUCAGACAGCGGAGACAAGAAAUCCCUGGAGGCAGCCAGACAUCUGGACCAGAUGCUGAGUGAUCUGGAGAGACGCCAUGGUGGGUGCAUUUCCCUCAGCCUUCCCCUGGGACUCAGCAGCCGGGGGCUUUCCCUGCACAUCUGGACACGCCGUGCCCGGCACAGAGGGAAGGCAUCCAUGGCAGCCUGGCUGCCCCGCUGCUGCUUUCCUGCCCUGCAGGGCUGUUUCCCAGCCUGGCCUGGCUGCAGCUUCUCCCCAGCCUCUGCAGGAAGGCAUUUGGCAUCAGCUGGCAGGGAGCCCAAACUGCACCAUGGGCCCGAGAUGCCUGCAAUUUCCCGGUCUCCGGGUAGAUCAGGAAUGGCACCUGUUUGUAGAAGGGAGUGGCCUGGCCAAUCCCAACAGUUUUGAUGAUUUCCUGAACCAUGAGUUUGUCCAGUAUUGCCUCUUGAAGAUGCCAUCUCCCAGAAGGGGAACGGCUCCAUCUAAUGCAGCUGUGCCUCUUCCUGUCUCCAGAGAUGAAGCGAAAGGCUGUGCUGAAGGCAGCAUUUCCUGGAGGAAGCAGUGGCCCAUUGGCAGCCCCUGCUGCAGGAAGUGAGGCGAUGCCAGGCACAGUCACAGGAGAUGAGCGUGCUAGCAAGGCUUCUCCAGCAGCUGGGAUGGAAGAUGGUUUGGGACCCUUGGGAGCUUCUGCAGGUGUGUCUGCAGGGAGGACUUUUCAGGCUCCUUUCCUGGUUGCUGCGCACAAGCCCGGCUCCCAUCGCAGGGGUCCGCCGAGAGGGAGGAACAGAGCUACUAAACACAUGAAGUCCCUGGAGGCAUCGAAACACAUGGACCAGAUGCUGAGUGAUCUGGAGAGACGCCGUGAGAUGGACCAAAGGGCUUUGCUGAAGGCAGCACUUCCUGGAGGAAGCAAUGGCUCCGUGCCAGCCCCUGAUACACGAAGGGAGGAGAUGCCAGACAGUGCCACAGAAGACGUUAUCACUGAAACAGGAAUAUUUGCCCCGGAUCCAGUGCGCUUCCCAAGAAUUGUCUGCCCCCAGGAUGUGCGCAGGUCCUGCAUGAUAGGCACGGUGGUGACACUGUUCACCGUGCCCCUCGUGCUGAUCGGCUGCUAUCUUGGCAUUCGGAAGCUGUACGAGAGCAGACGGUCAGUUGUUGAUUUUUCUCCACAGCUUUCUUGUAACUCUGCUCAUAGCAUUGGUAGCCUGACUCGUAGUCAUGCUGCACUGGAGCUGUGGCCAGUCUGUGGUUGUCCAAAGAACUCUGCUGAGGGCUCUGCUGCUGCCCAGUGCUUUCAUUGGCCUCUUCAUUGCUGGCCUUGUCCUGGGGGGCCCGCUGGGGCUGCAGCCAGUGCUGGCUCCCACUGAGGCUGCCAGGCCAAGAGCAGCCCCAGGGGCACAGGGCAGAGGCAGAGCAAGUUCUCAACAGUAUUUGGGCCACACAGCUCAGCACAGGACAGUGCUUAUUUAGUAGCUCAUGUAAAGUUUCAUGGUGACAGUGAUGUUACCGGACAAGCAAAUUUGCUCCGGUUCAGUGUUCAAACAAAUCCAACCUAAUGAAGGUUUGGCUUUGGCCUUGAGGCUUUGCUCUUUGUGUGAGCCCUGUUCUGGAUUGAUUCCCACUCAGUCUUGGAGCUUGUUUCGGGUGAAGGCUCAUCCCGGCCCUGACCCUUAGCAGUUCUGGGCUCAAAGGGACCGCCGAGGCCGCACUGCACGUGACUGGGCUUCAGGGCUCCAUCAUCAAAGGGCUUUGAGAAGUUUAAAUUACUGUAUUCUUACUCUUUGGUUUUCUUUAUGGAAUUCCUUCGCUUUUUUUAAACUUAGUUUUAAAAAAACAAAUUCUU